UGGCGAUGCGGUUUGCUCAGUUGGAUCCCAGCACUUGGACAGACGAGAGAGACAAGCGGAGAUCAAAAUGUUUAUAGCUGGAAAACUUGUUCAACUUUUAGUUGUAGCUUGGCUGGCUGCUCUGACAGUAGGAGCAGAGUCCCAGUGUGGACGCCUGGAGGAGCGAUUGCUCUACACAACAGACGAAAGAACAGAGCCCUCGGAGUAUCCCUGGAUAGGAGUUCUGCUGCAGAGUACGGGCAAUGGCUACACAAACACAAGAUGCACCGUGGUCAUAGUGAACCAGCUGCAUGUCCUCACCACCGCCACUUGUGUGAAGCGUUUCAAGAACCGCACGGGCAAUGUGAGCGCCGUCGUGAUGGUGGGCGUGUGGGAUGAGAGCCACUCACCGGACGAGGAGUUCGCCUGCAACAACAAGGGCUUCUGCGUGCCGGGGCCCAAGCUGUACAAUGUGGCGGAGAUCAAGGUGCAUCCGGAUGCGGAUAAGGACACGGGCGACAAUGACAUGGCCAUCCUGCGCCUCGUGGAGCCUCUAGAGUGGACCAACUACAUUCAACCCAUUUGCAUGGAGGGCAACGCGGAGCCAGAGUCGCUGAUCAAUCGCAACCUGCACUUCACGGGCUUCACCCACACGGACAACGUCAAGGGCAAGGGUCUGGCCAUGACGGUGUCCCGUCAGAAGUGCAAGCAACUGACCUCCGCGUCGACCCUGCCCCCCGAGAACCAGCUCUGCGGCUUUCCCGUCAAGCGCACAAAGUUCUACGAGGGCACGGCCCUGAUGGACAUCAGCGUGGAGCGAAAUGUGCCUCACAGUUUCUAUUUGGUUGCUCUGCUGGCCAGGGUCAUGAGCGUGGGUGCAUCCACCACACAUAUCUAUCAGGAUUUGAGGCGUGCUCGUCCGUGGAUAAUGGAGAAUACAGCUACAAAGUAGUUCGGAGUUUAUAGAACUUGUUUUUGCGUAUUUCCCAUAUGUUUUUUCAAUAAAUAAUCAUGGAACUCAUACGAUGCGGAAACAAUGCAAUGCAUCGUGCUGGGAA